ACAUAUGAUUUGUUCCCAAAAGAGUUGUUUGGGGAGAUUGGCUAAAUCGUGCAAACAAAUGCAAUAAAAGUCACGGGGACGCUUGAACCGGCAAAUUCCUUCAUCUGCCGCGCUUGCAAUCAGGCAAGCCCCGCCCCAGUCGCUGAAAGACCUCGCCCAUCGGGUUUCCUCCCCGGCCCCGCCCCUCCUGCCAAGCUCCCUCUACCCCACCACAAUGCGCCUGCGCAGGGUGGGCCGCCCGCGCAGGCCAUGAGGGUUCUGGUACGGUGCUGCUGGGGGCCCCUGCCAGGCGGCGGCUGCGCGGGCAGGAGGCAGAGCCCUCAGUGGCGAUCCCUGGUCGGCCUGAGCGGGUCUUCUGGCGGGGAGGACGGCCGGGGCGCUCGAGUCCGCGAGAAACCGCCUUGGCGGGUGCUCUUCUUCGGCACUGACCAGUUCGCCCGCGAAACGCUGCGGGCGCUGCACGCCGCCAGGGAAAACAAAGGGGAAGAGUUAAUUGAAAACUUGGAGGUGGUCACAGUGCCCUCCCCAUCACCAAAAAGACUGCCGGUGAAGCAAUAUGCUGUCCAAUCUCAGCUUCCAGUGUAUGAGUGGCCAGAUGUGGGAUCUGGAGAAUAUGAUGUUGGAGUGGUAGCUUCAUUUGGCCGACUUUUGAGUGAGGCUCUUAUUCUUAAAUUUCCCUAUGGCGUCUUGAAUGUCCAUCCCAGUUGCCUCCCGAGGUGGCGUGGUCCAGCCCCUAUAAUCCAUACGGUUCUGCACGGAGACACAGUUGCUGGAGUAACGAUUAUGCAAAUUAGACCUAAAAGGUUUGAUGUAGGCCCAAUUCUCAAACAGGAAACGGUUCCUGUACCACCCAAGAGCACCACAAAGGAUUUGGAAGCAGUGCUGUCGAGACUGGGUGCCAGCAUGCUUAUUUCAGUUUUGAAAAAUUUGCCUGAAAGUUUGAACAAUGGAAGGCCGCAGCCAGCCGAGGGGGUGACACAUGCCCCUAAGAUUUCUGCUGCUACCAGCUGUAUAAAAUGGGAGGAACAAACUUCAGAGCAAAUAUUCAGACUUCAUUGUGCCAUUGGAAAUAUAAUUCCGUUGCAGACACUGUGGGUGAAUAGUACCAUUAAACUUCUGGAUUUGGUAGAAGUUAAUAGUUCAGUCCUCACUGAUCCAAAAUUAACAGGACAGGCUGUUAUUCCAGGAUCAGUAAUAUACCACAAACAGUCGCAAAUACUGCUGGUUUGUUGCAAGGAUGGCUGGAUUGGUGUUCGAUCAGUGAUGCUCAAGAAAACACUAACAGCUACUGAUUUCUACAAUGGAUAUUUACACCCCUGGUACCAGAAAAAUUCACAGGCUCAACCAAGCCAGUGCAGAUUUCAGACUCUCAGACUUCCACUGAAGAAGAAGCAGAAAAAAAAAAUUGUUGCUGUGCAAUAGUGCACCAAGUAGUUAGGAAGACGAUGGACAAGUACCUACUACAUACUUGUAAUUUGUUAAAAGCCUUAUUUACAAGGAAUUACCUUGACUUUCAAAGAAGAUGACACUGUUGGAAGGAAAGAUUAUUGUCAAAAAGAUGAAUUACCUCACUUUUCACUUUUCAUUUAACAGUAGUUAAAAACAGCUUUUUCUAUUUCAAUAACAAAAGAAACUUUAAAUUAAAUUUUUAUUUAUAAUAUCAGAUUCAUGGAGAUUGUAUCUUUCCCUAAGAGCAAGUACAACUAACUGUUAUGUGUAUAUACUGAAGAGAGGUUCUUUUAAAAAGUGCAUCUAUUAAAUUUUUAAAAUCAUG